AGAGGAGUUGGUGUGUCUGGCUCGGAGGGGACACCACCAGCCUGCGCUCUGUGAGGGCAGCUCUCCUCCCCCCACCCCAGGUAUCAGGAGCUCGGGAACGCCUGCAGUAGCAAUUCUCUUGCUGAAACUAACAGUGAUGCCAAAGGAAAAAUAUGAUCCUCCCGAUCCUCGCCGAAUUUACACCAUCAUGUCAGCAGAAGAGGUAGCCAAUGGGAAGAAGUCUCACUGGGCUGAAUUAGAGAUCUCGGGUAGAGUGCGGAGCUUAAGUACGUCGCUUUGGUCACUGACGCACUUGACUGCUCUACACCUCAAUGACAAUAAUCUUACUCGCAUUCCACCUGAUAUUGCCAAGCUUCAUAAUCUGGUUUACCUGGAUCUGUCAUCCAACAAACUCAGAAGUUUACCAGCAGAACUAGGAAACAUGGUGUCUCUCAGGGAAUUGCUUUUAAAUAACAAUCUAUUACGGGUUUUGCCUUAUGAACUUGGACGGCUCUUCCAGCUACAAACCCUAGGUUUGAAAGGCAAUCCUUUAUCACAAGAUAUUCUCAGCCUCUACCAAGAUCCAGACGGAACUCGAAAGCUACUGAACUACAUGCUUGACAAUCUAGCAGUUCAUCCAGAGCAGCUGCCUCCAAGGCCAUGGAUUACUUUGAAAGAACGAGACCAAAUUCUGCCCUCAGCUUCAUUCACAGUUAUGUGUUACAAUGUGUUGUGUGAUAAAUACGCCACCCGGCAGCUCUAUGGCUACUGCCCAUCCUGGGCACUGAAUUGGGAGUACAGAAAAAAGGGAAUCAUGGAAGAAAUCGUCAACUGCGAUGCAGAUAUCAUCAGUCUGCAGGAAGUGGAAACGGAGCAAUACUUCACUCUUUUUCUGCCAGCCUUGAAAGAACGAGGAUACGAUGGAUUCUUUUCUCCGAAGUCACGUGCCAAAAUCAUGUCUGAGCAGGAGAAAAAGCAUGUGGAUGGCUGUGCAAUAUUCUUCAAAACUGAAAAAUUUUCACUGGUGCAGAAGCAUACAGUGGAGUUCAACCAGGUGGCAAUGGCUAACUCUGAAGGUUCAGAAGCUAUGUUAAAUAGAGUGAUGACAAAAGACAACAUCGGAGUUGCUGUGGUGUUAGAAGUGCACAAAGAAUUGUUUGGAGCAAGUAUUAAAUCUCUUCAUGUGGACAAACAGCUGCUCAUUGUGGCUAAUGCCCACAUGCACUGGGACCCUGAAUACUCAGAUGUGAAACUCAUUCAGACUAUGAUGUUUGUCUCAGAACUGAAAAAUAUCCUUGAGAAAGCCUCAAGCAGGCCUGGUAGCCCAACAGCAGAUCCUAAUUCUAUUCCCCUGGUGCUUUGUGCGGAUCUUAACUCAUUGCCUGAUUCAGGUGUAGUGGAAUACUUAAGCAAUGGCAUAGUAGCUGACAACCACAAGGACUUCAAGGAGUUGCGUUACAAUGAGUGUCUCAUGAACUUCAGCGGCAGUGGAAAGAACGGGGCUUCUGAAGGAAGAAUUACGCAUGGCUUCCAACUCAAGAGCGCCUAUGAAAACAACUUGAUGCCUUACACCAAUUACACUUUUGAUUUCAAAGGUGUGAUUGACUACAUUUUCUAUUCCAACACUCAUAUGAACGUGCUUGGUGUCCUGGGGCCUUUGGACCCUCAGUGGCUGGUUGAGAACAACAUCACUGGGUGUCCACACCCUCACAUCCCUUCAGACCACUUCUCACUGUUAACACAACUCGAACUCCAUCCUCCGCUCCUGCCUCUUGUCAACGGUGUGCACUUGCCUAACAGGAGGUAGUGGAGCCCUGCCCCUUUGAGGGCAAGGACCUGUUGUUAUGGACCUGUACAGUUGUAAAUCAAAGUAUAUAGGAGUGAAGUAUGGCCAACCUUAAGCUGCUUCUUCAAGCUCCUUUCCUUAUGUGUUUGAUAUGAGAUUUUGCACAUUUUGGUGCAUACUGGUAUCAUUUGGCACUAGGGCUGGAACCAAAGUAUUAUUCCCUUUCCAGGAUUUUAAUUUAAUUUUUUUUUUUUUU